AUGGGUCUAUCACGACGCCUUGUACGACCUCUUCGUGGCAUAGUCCGUGCGGAGGCGGUGGUGGGCGCGGGCGUGGGUGUGCGUAACCCGGCACGCCGGCCCGCCCGCAUGACAGUUUCGACAUCGGCCCUAGCGCUCUGUGCUGCGGUGCUCACCGCCAUUGGUACGGCAGCGUGGCUGGUAUUACUGGGCGUAGCUAGCCCGCCGGCAGCGAACGGCUUUGUGCCCUGGGACUUAACCAAUUUUCAGAACGAGUACGCCUGUGACAACACUACGGUUCGGAUUGUGCGUUGGCGGCGGAUGGUCUUGGAACAGGGCUUCUUUUGCGCCAGCAACGGCUCGGCCCCCUUCACUCCGGAUGGAUAUAGGUGGGUUAAUUCGAGCGCCAGUAACGGCCACAACGGCAGCAGCAACAGCGGUUACGGCGUGCUGAGCAACUGGAGGAGCUCGCCGGCGCCCAACGGCCCGGCUAACAUUGUGAUGCAAACGAUGAGGCCUUUGCGGAUUGAGGUCAACGAGACAGAGGAGAGCGUCACCGUGGAUGCGGAGAGGUGUAACGAGCCCACCCAUAUGGAUACAUGCGAAUGUGUUCCCGAGAGUUCCUCUGAGGGCGGCUGCAACCUGACCGAAUGGUCUACAAAGUUCGAAAUAAUGAUUAAUCCGAAAGGCAUCCGAACGAUUGACCUGCUGCGCUAUCUGGCGGCGUACGUCACCCCAUCCGCCCCAGCGGGGUGGACUCUCCCCGCCUUCCCGUGGUUCGUGUUUCAAACCCUGGGGGGUGCCGUAUCCACAAACACACACGGUAGUAGCCUCAAGCACAGCUCCUUGUCCAGCCAGGUGCUUGCGCUGACAAUGGUGUUGGCGUUGAAAGCGGUCCGUGUGGGUGUGGGAAAACUGGGCAUCAUCACGCACAUCAAGUUCCGCAUCAUGCGUGAGGUACCCGUCACCCGUACCAUUCGGCGACUGACCUCCACUGAGUUUUUGGAGCUGUUGAGAUCCGCUCAAGAUCAGUGGAACACCAACGGCUCACUGCCUGAGUGGAUGGACGAGACGGAAUGGUUCUGGGUACCGCAACGACAUGAGUUCUUGAUGGUCACGUUCACGAGGGGCGAUAGCUCUGACGCCGCAAAGCGACUUGAAGCUCUCCGGGGUUAUGCACUUGCCGGCCCGGAAAACACGACCGCCUACAACACAUCCUUGGCUUUGCUGGAGCAAGCGAAGGACCUGCGCAACGUGACCGUCGAUGUUUUCCCGCUGCUGGCCAACGUCACUUUCGACCCCGUCACCAACAUCGCCGACAUCGCGCUGCCAGUCCUACGCCAACUGAACGACACUGUCCUUAACGUGCCUUGGCAGCAGGCCCCCGCCGCCGGCGCCGGCGCAGGUGCCGUACCCACCGGCAGCGACGCCGGCAGAAGCGCGGCCGCUGCUGAUAAGUCGUCGCCUGCAGUAGCCGCCAUGGCUGGUCCAACCACUCCGGCGCCGCGGCCGUCAGCGCCGCGGGUAUCGCGGCCGUCAGCCAGCCUCGAUGCCUUGAUAGCGGCAGUGGCGGCGAGCCGAUUGCCAAAGCCGGCCGAUAAUGUGUCGACGCCAGCAAAUGCGACGACGGAUACGAAUGCGUCAAUGGCAGUGAAUGCGACGGCGCCAGCGGCGACGCCAACACCCACUGAAGAGCCUGAGGUGGUGGCGGCGGGGACCGUGACGGCCGUGCCGCUACCCCCGACAUCACCGUCGACGUCGUCAGGACCAGGCAUUAUUGACGGAGCGGCUCCGGCCGCCAAAGAUCCAUCGAAGGUGUCCUCGCCUGACACGAAUUCUCAAAAUGGGAUGGUUAGUUUGUUCCGGGCGCGAAGCGACCCCACUGCCAGUAAGGCAACGAGCCGCCAGCGGUCGACAAUUAAUGGUAGCGGCGCGAGCACGGCUUCGUUGAACGAGGCGGGGGAGGGCGAGGUCUGGAGCAUUCCGCAACGGCGGCCUGCGACGGUGUUCUAUGGCCUUGCAAACAUGGCCGAUGCCUACAUCGACAUUUCGCGCAGCGGGGUGUAUUCGGUCGCCGCCAACGCAACGAAGGAGUCCCAGAGCUCGUAUCUGUUUCAGCCUGAGUCCAUUUUGGAGAUCAACAUUCGCCGGGUUACGUACGACCAGUUAGAAGUCGCCAUGCCGGUCUCCAGUAUGGCCGACUGCUGGAAAGGCCUGUUGGAGCUUCUGUACGGCGCCGACAACCUGGAUGGUACGGAGUACAACGGAACCGCAUCACCGCUCAGCAUCAUUUCCAAAUCAGGCAACAAUACAAACGGUACAUCGCUCAUCGGCCCCGAUGGCCGCCCUGACUACGGGUUUCGGAGUAACCCCCUGGUCCGUACGACGGGCAAUGAAGACGGACUCCUCAGCCCCUCAGGCGGUCAACCGCAUAUGUGGCUCAACAUUGAGGACUACCUGUACUACAACAGGCCAAUGCGGCGAACGAACGUUGUGUUCAAGGCCUUGGUCGGUUAUCUGCGCAGCGACCCCCGGUGCGGGAAAGCCGGUCUGUCGGGCGCAGGUGCCCGGCUGCACUGGGGCAAAUCCGGCAAGUUCCGAGAUUCGGCCCCAGACCGUUGGAACUGGAACGGAGUCAACUUGGAGCGCUGCUGUAUGCCGGAUCGCGGCUUCCUGCGGCCGGAGGAGGAUCCGAAAUGUGUGUGCAAGGUGACUCAACCCCCCAGCUCGCACCGCUCGCUCAUCGGUGCGGUUCACGGGGCGCCCUGCGUGUGUUUGUCGUUUGGCUUGGCGGUCCUGGCCGAGAUGGAGCUUAUUCGCCGGAUACCUGGUGCUCUGGACGGACUGAAUGCGGAGUCAGGGUUCCUUCAUUCUGCUGAACGAGCCGUCGUUUACGACCCCCUUAAAGAGGGUAUACGCCCCGACACUAAUACGCGAGUAGGGUGUGCCGAAUUCCGCAGCCCCUUCAUGACUUCAGUGAACAGUGAGGCAUUCUUUUAA